AUGAUGAAAAAGCAAUUUGGUUUUUCCUUCUCAUUAGCUCUGCUAGUUUCAUUUUUUUAUUCCACCACCACCUUAGCCCAACUAUCGCCAACUUCUGCCCCUCUAAAACCACCCCAACCUACUCCUACCCCACCAGCUGAAGCUCCUAAACAACCAUUGGUUCCCUCAUUGCCACAGUCACCAAGUGAUGCCACUCCUGACACUGCAGCUGUUGACAUUGUUGGAAUCCUGAGGCAGGCAAAAUCAUUCAACAUCCUUAUCCGACUCAUGAAAACCACCCAAUUGAUCAACCAACUCAAUGCACAGCUUCUCACAACUAAAUCAGGUGGCAUCACCAUUCUUGCACCUGAUGACAGUGCCUUUUCUGAACUCAAAGCAGGCUUCCUCAACUCUCUUUCUGAUGGACAAAAGCUCGAGCUGUUACAGUUCCAUGUUCUUUCAGACUAUGUGUCCAGCUCCAACUUUGAUACUCUCACCAACCCUGUGAGAACCCUUGCAGGGGCGAAACCUGGAAAGGUUGAAUUGAAUGUGAUAAGUUACGGAGGGACUGUGAACAUCUCAACAGGUGAGGUUAACACCACCAUAGCUGGCAUUGUAUAUACGGAUAAACAUCUUGCUAUUUACAAGGUGGGGAAGGUGCUUCUUCCCAUGGACUUCUUUACAGUGGCCAAGGCACCAGCAAAGGGACCCUCUUUGGCCCCAGAACCUUCAGCAAAGGCUCCUAAAGCGGAUAAGGAAAAGCCACUGUCUCCAGAUUCCUCCGAAUCAUCUGAGAUUAAUUCCACAACCGAGAACUCUGGCACUGUGAAAAUCAAUGUGCAAGGAAAGUGGGUGUCCCUUUUUCUUGGAGUACUUAUUGUGCUUACAUUGUCAUCGUAA